UCAUCAGCCAACCAUGGCGACAAGCUUUGCCAUCCCAAUAGCUCUGCUUGCGCUCCUGGGCUCCGCGGCGUGCCAAAACGUCGUCUACGCUCCGAGCACAAGCCCACCCGCCAGCCUGAGCCCGCCGAGCCCAAACUCAAUCUCCAGUCCUCCAAGCCAAAAUCCACCGGGCUCAAAUCCACCAGCAUAUCCUCCGAGCCCAAGCCAGCCCGCUAAUCCUCAGCCUAGCCCCAGCCCGGUGGCUUAUCCACCAAUCCAAAGUCCAUCAAGUUCGACUCCACCACCAGCUUAUCCUCCCACCCCAAGCCCAUUGGUAUCGACUCCACCUACAUAUCCUCCUCGCCCAAGCCCUUUGAGCCCAUCGGUCCCACCUACUUAUGCUUCCAAUGUGAGUCCAAGCCCAACCGCAUACCCUCCAGGCGCUAGCCCAAGUCCAACAAGCGCAAACCCACCAACGAUGUAUCCUUCACCAGGUCCAAGCCCAACCAGCUAUGGCCCGAGCAUGAACCCCAGCCCGAUUCCACCAUCUCACUCUCCGAGUGCAAGCUCGCCAGCGUACACUUCCCCAAGCCCAAGCCCAUCAAUCCCGAUUCCAUCCACCUUUCCAGCUCCAAGCCCAGGCCCGAUCCCAUCUAGCUCAAUCUCAAGUCCACCCAAUUACCCUCCUGCUAGUCUAAGCCCUGGCCCAAGCACCGCUCCAUCAGGGCUUAGUGUCGGCUACUACAAGUACUCGUGCCCCGAUGCGGAAAGCAUCGUCAGGGAGGCCGUGAAGAGCGCCACGGACAGUAACCGUGGCACGGGCGCCGGCCUCAUCCGUUUGUUCUUCCACGACUGCUUCGUUCAGGGGUGCGAUGCUUCUGUUCUCCUGAACACGACUGGCUCUACCCAACCCACGGAGAGGGCCAGCGCGCCCAACCUGAGCCUGCGCGGCUUCGAGGUGAUCGACUCGGCCAAGGCGGCACUCGAGGAUGCCUGCCCCGGCGUCGUCUCGUGCGCUGACAUCGUCGCCUUCGCCGGCCGCGACGCCACCUACUUCCUCAGCGGCAAUGCGGUCGACUUCGACAUGCCGGGCGGCCGCUACGACGGGCGCGUGUCGCUCGACAGCGAGGCCCUCGCCAACCUGCCGCCGCCGUUCGCCAGCCUGCAGGAGCUCAAGGACAUGUUCGCCGCCAAGGGGCUCGACACCGAGGACAUGGUCACGCUCUCCGGCGCGCACACCGUCGGCCGCUCCCACUGCUCGUCCUUCUCCGACCGCCUCUCGCCCAACGCCUCGGACAUGAACGCCACGCUCGCCGCCUCGCUGACCGAUCAGUGCGGCGGCGGCGGCGACCCGACGGUGCCGCAGGACUUCGUGACACCCGACGGCCUGGACAGCCAGUACUACAGGAACGUGCUCAACCACGAGGUGCUGUUCGGGUCGGACGCCGCGCUGCUGGCGUCGAACCAGACGGCGGACAUGGUGAGCGACAACGCGUUCACGCCGGGGCUGUGGGAGGCCAAGUUCAAGGCGGCGAUGGUGAAGAUGGGCCGCGCCGGAACCAAGACCAGCACCAACGGCGAGAUCAGAAAGAAGUGCUGGAUGGUCAACUAAGUAACCACUACUAAUCGGAUGGUUUGCUGUGAUCACGUACUACUACUUCAUCAUGCAUGCCACAUUAAAUUAUGGUGCCUGCAUGUGAUUGAGGAUUAUAUAACACCGUGUAUACAAUUAUAUUUUUCAGCCACCACUGUACAUGUUCAUGUCAUAGAACACACAUAUACAAAUUAUAAUGAAAUUUAUUUAUUUUUUAUUGAA